UUGUAUAAGUUCACACAGAAACCAUGACAAUUCUAAUGGAGUUUUCAUAUUAACCAGGCAAGAACCUUUAUAAGUAUUUAUAAGUAUUAUUAAAUAUUUAAUAUAUCUUGUUAUUUUAACAAAAUGUGAAUGUAUGAGAGUUUAUCUUUUCAGUUACAUUGUAUAAAAAGCAAAGGGUAUUUGUGCUCCAGUAAGGUGCAAUAACUGUGCAUCAAGUAUGCAAAACAACAAAACCACAGAGCAAAUGAGUUCUCCUGUCCAAAAUCAUGUGAAGCUCACUCAUUACAUGUGCAAAAGCACACGGAGCAGGAUGAGUGCAUGCUGCGUAGGUAAAGGAAAUGGAAACCACAAGUAUAAGAAUGAAGAGCACAAUGCCAGAGUGACAGAAAUAAGUGUUUAGUUGUGUGAUUUGGAUGGUGACUGUGAGGAUUAGACUGGAUUAAUUUAUAUUUUGAGACCAUUUUUGACAUAACUAGCUUGUGUCAAAGAUGGAUUGGCUAUACCGGAGGAAGACGGCUUUGUUCCUGGCUGUGUUUGUAGUUUUCACGCUCCAUGUGAGCACUGACGCACAAGGUCAUGGCCCCAAAUGUCCUGUCUUUAAAGUUCAGAGAGGGGCUGUUCAUAAAGCCUGUAUAAACAAGCCUUUCAAGAUCUCCUGCAAUCUGAAGUAUUGUGAUAAUCAGACAAUCAAUAUUACAUGGACUAAAGAAAACCUGAAAAGAUGGAUUCCAGUGUCUGGAACAGGUCAAAUGUCAUCAUCACAGAUCUUUUCAGCACCCGAUCUGUUGACUUCAUAUUUAACUUUCACAAAUAUAUCGGAGAAUCAUGAUGGCCUCUACAGAUGUGAACUACAGUUACCAAACUCGUCAGCAGUUAGUCAUUAUAUUAAUAUUUCUGUCCCAGAUGACAGCCUGGGAGAUGAAAUGUCUUGCACUGAAAUUACAUCAGAGAAAGAAAGCACUGAGAGAGACAACACUGAUAUCAGCUCUGAUUCAAAGCCAUGGUGGAUGGCGUAUCUCUUUAUCUGUAUGUGUGUAGGGAUUCCUGUUCUCAUAUUAAUACUCAUCUUUAUCCUGUGUAUUAAUGGAUUUAAAACUUCGAGAAGAAGGAAAACACAGAGAGCGCAGGUUCAGUACACAGCAACAUCUGUUUUGUCGUCACCGAGACCCAGUGUUCUGAAGCGUGAUGAAUUUGUCAGUGUCCAGUACUCGGAGGAAAAACAGCGGCCCUCUCGUGACAGCAACACAUUACCACCUGUACAGUCACAUCUGUCAGAUUGUGGGGGUGAUGGUUCUUUGUCCAACAGGAGAGAUAACAGUUUAAGCCAGGUUGUAUAUGCAUCUCUGAGCCACCUUACACCAACACCAUCAUCUACUGCACCCCGUCCGACAAGAGAGGAGUUUUCAGAGUAUGCAGCAAUCCGGGUGUCCUGAAAUCCCUUCUGUGGGUUAUGCAUAACCAUACAAAGUUAAGCAACAUUUCCAAGGCUCCAAAAUUCAUUCACAGGGGAAGUUUUGUGAAACUGUACAAUACUGUCUGGCUAUUUUGUCUCACAGGAAGCAGGAGAUGUAUGCAUGUUUUCACACCUCACAGUACAAAUCAUUGCAUGAUGUUGUUUUCCUCGUUGCAUCACGGAAAACUGUCGCAGUGAGUUCAAUGUGGUUUCUAAGCGAAACUCAUACCACUAAUCUAUAGGCGUCUGCUGCAACACAUCCAUAUCCUGAAGACUUGUUAGUCUACAUUUUAUGCACUAAAAUGAAAAAGUUAAUUCAGUAACAGUUUGUUACAUAAUUAUUUUCUGUUGUUGAGAAUGUGUUGUAUUUUGGGGAUUUCCAGUUGUCCUGUCAACUUGUGAUUUAAAAUAUACAGAUUUUAAUAGUUUAAUUUUAAUGUUACAUUAUUUAAAAACAAAUGUUAAUUAUUAUUGGUCAUUAUUUUCAGACUAGGAUGGUUUAUGAUUAUAAUAUAAAAGUAUUUACCUGAUAAUUUACCUGAUGCUUCUGUCCCACUUACAAAAUGAUUAAAGCCCUUUUGGCAAUUAUUAAUAACUGUUACAUCAAUUGAUUCCUGAAAUUUAUAUACAUGAAGGGCAAUUGAUGAUGAAAUGUAUUUGUCUCAUUUAACUGGAUGUCCCACUUUUGGCUGACUGCAUCCUGAAAAACACUGAAAACCAGUGGCAGGUUGCACAAACUGCUUAGACUGUAAGGUAGUCAUCUAAAUUUCCUUUUUAGGAUUGGUCAUAACAUUUUAAAGGUGGCCUCGAAUGAAAAAUUGAAUUUAUCUUGGCAUUGUUAAAUAACAAAAGUUCAGUACAUGGAAAUGACAUACAGUGAGUGUCAAACUCCAUUGUUUCCUC